AUGAAUCCCGAGAGAAAGAGCAACCACAAUUAUAAGUUUAUGGAACCUCCAUUGGCUGUGUUGAGAAGACUUAGGGCACGUUUAGACUUGACUCACAAAUACACCUUCAAGGAAACGUAUGGUAACCUGCUGGGAAUUCUGAACACCGAGGUCAACAUCACCGCUGUGCACACCUUGGUGCAGUUAUAUGAUCCACCAUUAAGGUGCUUUACUUUCCAAGAUUAUCAGCUAGCGCCGACACUGGAAGAGUAUUCUCAUAUUUUGGGUAUCAGGAUAAAGAACCAUGUGCCCUACAUCCGCACUAAGGAACUUCCUGAAUAUCGAGAACUUGCUAAAGCUCUGCAUAUGGGAAAGAAGGAGAUAGAAUUGUACCUGAAACCAAAAGGUGGAAUUCGUGGCUUCACCUCUAAGUUUCUCGUAGACAAUGCUAUCACUUUCGCCGAAGCUGGAAGCUGGACGACCUUCAACGCCCAUCUAGCUUUACUCAUCUAUGGGAUUGUCUUAUUUCAGAAUUUGGAGGAGUUCGUGGACUUGGCUGCUAUUCACAUCUUCUUGACUCAGAACCCGAUUCCCACUCUUCUUACUGAUAUUUACUAUUCCAUUCACGUAAGGACCCAGAAGAAGAAAGGGACUAUCGUCUGUUGCACCCCUUUACUAUAUAGAUGGUUUAUUUCGCAUCUACCCAGUGAAGGUCCUUUCGUUGAGAACAAAGAUAAUAUGAAGUGGUCCCAGAGGAUCAUGUCUUUAAAAGCCGAAGACGUCCCUUGGUAUUCUCGAGUGUAUGAUGGUGUGAAUCUCAUCCUCAAUUUUGGGGAUUUUCCUAAUGUGCCUCUUCUUGACAAACCUGAUCUCGAAAGUGUAGAAGGUUUUGUUUUGUACGAAGGAGUCGAAGAGCCCGAGUUGAUCAAGAAGAUUAUCAAGGCUUGGGGGUCGAUUUGUCCUUAA